AUGGCCAUUCCAAAAGCUCUCUACUCUUUAGCCAUCCUUGUCCUUCUCUUUGUGGUUGCAAGUAGUCAAACUUUGUGCAAUCCAGAAUGCAAGGCUAAAGAACCCUUCAACUGCGACAAUGUUCUUACAUUCAACCGAUCUGGAUUUGCAAAGAAUUUCACUUUUGGUGCAGCUACUUCUGCAUACCAGAUUGAAGGUGCUGCAUAUAGAGCAUUGAAUGGAUGGGACUACUACACUCAUAGAUAUCCAGAAAAAGUUCCAGAUAGGAGUUCAGCAGACCUUGCUUGUGAUUCGUAUCAUCUUUACAAGGAGGAUGUAGCACUACUAGUAAAACUCAAGGCUCAAGCAUACCGAUUCUCAAUAGCAUGGUCAAGGGUCUUACCAAAGGGAAGACUGAGUGGAGGAAUCGACGAGAAUGGUAUUUCAUACUACAACAAUCUCAUCAACGAGUUAGUAAAGAAUGGCAUUGAACCAUAUGUCACUAUAUUUCAUUGGGAUAUGCCUCAAACUUUAGAAGACGAAUACAAAGGCUUCCUAGACAAACGUAUAGUGGAGGAUUUCACCAACUACGCGGAGCUUCUAUUCCAAAGAUUUGGAGACAGAGUCAAAUUUUGGAUCACUCUGAACCAGCCUUACUCUCUCGCAACCAAAGGUUAUGGUGAUGGAUCGUAUCCACCGGGACGGUGCACCGGCUGUGAAUUUGGAGGAAACUCUGCGACCGAACCUUAUAUAGUUGCACAUAACCAACUUCUAGCUCAUGCAACUACUGUAGCUUUGUACCGUGAAAGAUAUAAGAAAUCUCAAGGUGGUAAAAUAGGAACGACCUUGAUUGGAAGAUGGUUCGUACCAUUAAACGAAACUAGUGAGGCGGACAAGGCUGCUUCAAAACGGGCAUUUGAUUUCAUCGUCGGAUGGUUCUUGGAUCCAUUGGUGUAUGGAGACUAUCCAGAGAUAAUGAAAAAGAUGCUUGGAGAUAGAUUGCCAACAUUCGAACCUAAAGAAUCAGCUUUAGUCAAAGGAUCACUUGAUUUUCUAGGGUUGAACUAUUAUGUUACACAUUAUACGGCCGACGCAUCUAUUUCUAUUCCUCCAAUACCUAGUGUCGCAACCGAUCCACGAAUUACACUUACAUAUUAUCGGGGUACAGAUCCUAUUGGCGUUGUGGCUCCUAGCUUCGUGUACUAUCCUCCAGGAUUCCGUAUGAUUCUAAAUCACAUCAGAGUCAACUACGGAAACCCACUUACCUACAUUACUGAAAACGGAGUUGCUGAUCCAGGAAACGGAAACUUACCGAUUGGAGAAGCUCUUGCUGACACAAAAAGAAUUCAGAAUCAUUGCAGCCAUCUUUCGUGUCUCAAAUGUGCCAUUGCGGACGGAUCCAAAGUAGCAGGAUAUUUCGCGUGGUCCUUAAUGGACAAUUACGAAUUUGGAAAUGGUUACACUCUCCGGUUUGGUAUGAAUUGGGUCAACUUUACUAAUCCUAGUGACCGUAGACAAAAGGAUUCUGGCAAAUGUCAAACUGUCUGCAAUCCAGAAUGCAAGGCAAAAGAACCCUUCAACUGUGACGAUGUUCUUACAUUCAACCGAUCUGGAUUUGCAAAGAAUUUCACUUUUGGUGCAGCUACUUCUGCAUACCAGAUUGAAGGUGCUGCAUAUAGAGCAUUGAAUGGAUGGGACUACUACACUCAUAGAUAUCCAGAAAAAGUUCCAGAUAGGAGUUCAGCAGACCUUGCUUGUGAUUCGUAUCAUCUUUACAAGGAGGAUGUCGCACUACUAGUAAAACUCAAGGCUCAAGCAUACCGAUUCUCAAUAGCAUGGUCAAGGGUCUUACCAAAGGGAAGACUGAGUGGAGGAAUCGACGAGAAUGGUAUUUCAUACUACAACAAUCUCAUCAACGAGUUAGUAAAGAAUGGCAUUGAACCAUAUGUCACUAUAUUUCAUUGGGAUAUGCCUCAAACUUUAGAAGACGAAUACAAAGGCUUCCUAGACAAACGUAUAGUGGAGGAUUUCACCAACUACGCGGAGCUUCUAUUCCAAAGAUUUGGAGACAGAGUCAAAUUUUGGAUCACUCUGAACCAGCCUUACUCUCUCGCAACCAAAGGUUAUGGUGAUGGAUCGUAUCCACCGGGACGGUGCACCGGCUGUGAAUUUGGAGGAAACUCUGCGACCGAACCUUAUAUAGUUGCACAUAACCAACUUCUAGCUCAUGCAACUACUGUAGCUUUGUACCGUGAAAGAUAUAAGAAAUCUCAAGGUGGUAAAAUAGGAACGACCUUGAUUGGAAGAUGGUUCGUACCAUUAAACGAAACUAGUGAGGCGGACAAGGCUGCUUCAAAACGGGCAUUUGAUUUCAUCGUCGGAUGGUUCUUGGAUCCAUUGGUGUAUGGAGACUAUCCAGAGAUAAUGAAAAAGAUGCUUGGAGAUAGAUUGCCAACAUUCGAACCUAAAGAAUCAGCUUUAGUCAAAGGAUCACUUGAUUUUCUAGGGUUGAACUAUUAUGUUACACAUUAUACGGCCGACGCAUCUAUUUCUAUUCCUCCAAUACCUAGUGUCGCAACCGAUCCACGAAUUACACUUACAUAUUAUCGGGGUACAGAUCCUAUUGGCGUUGUGGCUCCUAGCUUCGUGUACUAUCCUCCAGGAUUCCGUAUGAUUCUAAAUCACAUCAGAGUCAACUACGGAAACCCACUUACCUACAUUACUGAAAACGGAGUUGCUGAUCCAGGAAACGGAAACUUACCGAUUGGAGAAGCUCUUGCUGACACAAAAAGAAUUCAGAAUCAUUGCAGCCAUCUUUCGUGUCUCAAAUGUGCCAUUGCGGACGGAUCCAAAGUAGCAGGAUAUUUCGCGUGGUCCUUAAUGGACAAUUACGAAUUUGGAAAUGGUUACACUCUCCGGUUUGGUAUGAAUUGGGUCAACUUUACUAAUCCUAGUGACCGUAGACAAAAGGAUUCUGGCAAAUGGUACUCUACAUUCAUCACAAAAUAA